AUGGGUUCUAUUCCACGAGAGUUUUCUGCUCCACCUCAAAAAGUGGUCUUUAAAGGGCUACUUUUCGAUAUGGAUGGUACUAUCAUUGACAGUACCGAUGCUAUCGUUAAGCAUUGGCAUCAGCUAGGUAACGAAAUAGGAGUAGAUCCUAAUGUGAUUUUACAGACAAGUCAUGGGAGGAGAAGUAUUGAUGUCUUGAAGAUUAUUGCUCCAGAGAAAGCAAAUUGGGAUUACAUAAAACACAUGGAAGGACUCCUCCCCAAAAACUACGGGGACGACGCCGUCGAAAUCCCCGGUGCUCGCUCCCUCCUCACCUCUCUAAUCAGCGCCUCCCACCCCUGGGCCAUCGUAACAUCCGGCACUUCCCCCCUCGUGACCGGCUGGCUUAACGUCCUCAAACUUCCCAUCCCAGAGCAUCUCGUCGUUGCAGAAGAUGUUCCAAAUGGAAAACCUGAUCCGACCUGUUACAACAUGGGCAAAUCCAAACUCAACCUCUCUUCCGCUCCCGAUGGCUCCCUCCUCGUCCUCGAAGACAGUCCUGCGGGUAUCCGCGCCGGCAAAGCAGCCGGGUGCAAAGUGCUAGCCGUAGUAACCACACACACCAUAGAACAAGUCGUCGAAGCCGGCGCCGACUGGGUUGUGAAGGACUUGGAAAGUUUGAAAGUUGUAGGAAAAACAGACGAGGGUGUUGAGUUGGAGAUUUCGAAUGCUUUGGUUUAG